AUGUCUAUCCUUGAGAGACAAUUUCCAGAUAUCAUCCUCUCGCCGCUUGUGGCUCCUGACCAGCACCCCGGAUACAAGUAUGACGGCUUCAAUCCAUCUGUAAAGACUCUCGAAAAGGGCUACACCAAAGAGCCCGGGCGUAGACCUUUUGGUGUCGACACUGUCUUUGAGAAAGAUGUCGCCGUCAAGCUUCGCGACGGCGUGAAAAUCUACACGGACAUCUUCCGUCCUGCAACAUCGGACAAUGAGAGCGGCAAAGUUCCAGCAAUUAUUCCUUGGAGUCCGUAUGGCAAGAGCGGAAGAGGUCCCCAAAACUAUGACUCCAUGGGGCCCUUUCGGUGCGGAAUCCCUAAGGAACGUACGUCUGGCUUUGACAAGUUCGAGGCUCCGGAUCCGGCAGAGUGGGUGGAGAGAGGAUACGCCAUCAUCAAUGUGGAUGCCCGUGGCGUUGGCGAUUCCGAAGGCGACAUCGUCGUCUGGGGCCAACAGGAAGCGGAAGACAUAUAUGACCUUGUCGAUUGGGUCUACAAGCAGCCUUGGUGCAACGGCUCUGUUGCCUUUGCUGGCAACUCAUGGCUAUCCGUCUCGCAGCUGAACUUCGCCUCACGUCUCAGCCACCCCGCUGUUAAGGCCUUCGCUCCGUGGGAAGGCAUGACUGAUGUCUACAGGCAGCAAGCCGUUCGAGGCGGGAUUCCGCAUGUGGAGUUCUCCGACAUGAUAAUCAAGGGCUUUGCCGGUCAUGGCCGUGUUGAAAAUAUGGCCGCGAUGUACUCCAAGCGGCCAUAUCACGACGAUUACUGGGAGGAGAAGACGAUCAAAGUGGAGAACAUCAAAGAUGUCCCGCUAUACCUGACCGCGUCUUAUUCGACUGGUAUCCAUUCCGAAGGGUCGUUCCACACAUUCCUCAAGGCUCAAACGAAGCAGAAGUGGCUCCGCGUGCAUGCUUCACAAGAAUGGUACGACAUCUAUCGCCCCGAAAUCAAUGAUGAGCUCCAGCAAUUCUAUGAUCGAUACUGCAAGGGCAUCGACAACGGCUGGGAGAAUACCCCGAAAUUCCGUAUAUCUCUUCUUGGUUUCAAUGGGAGCCCUGCAAAGACGAUUUUGGAGAGACCCGAAGAGGCCUGGCCGAUUCCCCGUGCCAAGGAGGCUAAAUACUACCUCGAUGUCUCCACCAAGGCACUCACUACUUCUAUAACUCAAGCAGAAUACUCCGCUGCUUACGAAGCCCACAGCCUAUCUGACACUCUUGACUUUACCGUCACCUUUGACAAAUACACCGAGCUCGCCGGCUACCCGCUGGUCAAGCUUUGGAUGUCCUGCGCGGAGAAGGACGACAUGGAUGUGAACGUGCAGAUCCGCAAGAUUGGCCGAGAUGGGCGCCUGCUUGAGUACCUCAACUACCCGUGCCCGGUUCCCGAGUCCGAAGUGCCAGACACCAACGUCGCCAAGUUCCUCGGUCCAGAUGGCAUGCUGCGCGCCAGCCACGCCUGCACAAAGGAGUACCGUGAUGGCCGGCCCUUCUACACGUCCACCAGGAGCGAGCCCGUGCCCCCAGGCACCAUCGUACCUCUCGAGAUUCCCGUGUGGCCAAUCGGCAUGGUGUUUGAAGAGGGCGAAGGCAUCAUGCUAAGGGUUGCAGGCCAUGACUUGAGGCUGCCGGAAAUCGAGUUCUUUAGGUUGAAGGAACCCAAUGAUAAGAACGUCGGUCGGCAUGUCGUGUACACUGGCGGCAAGUACGACAGUCAUCUUAUCCUGCCUGUCAUUGCCUGA